GGAAGCGGUGGGCUUCUGCCCUGCCCUGUCCGGCCGUGCCCUGGCGGCGGGGCUGUGGGGCCGGGCAGCGCCGCUCCGCUGCCCCGCUCCCUCUAGGGCGGCGGUGCAGUGCCAGCGACCGCGGUGCGCCGCGCUCCUGCGCCCCCGCGCUCUGAUGGGCCUAGCGGAGCCGCCGCUAUGGCUGCCUUGUAUCAGAGUGCCGACCCGUCCGCCUCGGCCUCUCCCAACAAGCUGCUGGCGUUGAAGGAUGUGCGGCAGGUGAAGGAGGAGACCACCCUGGACGAGAAACUCUUCCUGCUGGCCUGCGACAAAGGUGACUAUUACAUGGUUAAGAAGCUCUUGGAGGAAAACAGAUCAGGUGAAAUGAACAUAAAUUGCGUGGAUGUGCUUGGACGAAAUGCCGUUACCAUAACCAUUGAAAAUGAAAACUUGGACAUACUGCAGCUCCUCUUGGAUUAUGGCUGCCAGUCAUCGGAUGCACUUUUGGUGGCUAUUGACUCUGAAGUGGUGGGAGCUGUUGACAUUCUGCUUAAUCACCGACCCAAAAGAUCCUCCAGACCAACCAUUGUAAAACUAAUGGAGCGCAUUCAGAACCCAGAGUACUCCACAACCAUGGACGUGGCACCUGUCAUUUUAGCUGCUCAUCGGAACAACUAUGAAAUCCUUACCAUGCUGCUGAAGCAAGAUAUAUCAUUGCCUAAGCCUCAUGCUGUGGGCUGUGAAUGCACACUGUGUACUGCUAAGAACAAAAAAGAUAGCCUGCGACAUUCCAGGUUUCGGCUUGACAUUUAUCGGUGUUUGGCCAGUCCUGCUUUAAUCAUGUUGACAGAGGAGGAUCCAAUCUUAAGAGCUUUUGAACUCAGUGCAGACUUGAAAGAGUUAAGCCUUGUAGAGGUUGAAUUCAGAAAUGACUACGAGGAGCUAGCUCAACAGUGCAAAACCUUUGCUAAGGAUUUGCUUGCACAAGCACGGAAUUCACGGGAGCUGGAGGUUAUUCUGAACCAUACCUCCAGCGAUGAGCAUGUUGACAAGCGAGGACUGCUGGAAGAGAGGAUGAACUUGAGUCGAUUAAAACUUGCUAUCAAGUAUAAUCAAAAAGAGUUUGUUGCUCAGUCUAACUGCCAGCAGUUCCUAAACACUGUGUGGUUUGGCCAGAUGGCAGGCUAUCGACGCAAACACACGUGCAAGAAAAUUUUGACUGUUUUGAUGGUUGGCAUUUUCUGGCCACUUCUCUCUCUGUGUUACUUGUUAGCUCCUAAAUCUCGAGUGGGUCGAAUAAUUCACACUCCUUUUAUGAAGUUUAUUAUUCAUGGAGCUUCAUAUUUCACAUUUCUCUUGUUACUUAAUUUGUAUUCCCUUGUCUACAAUGAGAACAAGAAGAAUACAAUGGGACCAGCCCUUGAGAGGAUAGACUACCUUCUGAUAAUAUGGCUAAUUGGAAUGGUGUGGUCAGAUGUUAAAAGACUUUGGUAUGAUGGUUUAGAAGACUUUUUAGAAGAAUCUCGCAAUCAGCUGAGUUUUGUCAUGAAUUCCUUGUAUCUGGCAACUUUUGCUCUCAAAGUAGUUGCCCAUAACAAGUUUCAUGAUUAUGCUGAAAGGAAAGACUGGGAUGCAUUCCAUCCCACCCUAGUGGCAGAAGGUCUCUUUGCCUUUGCUAAUGUUCUUAGUUAUCUACGUCUCUUCUUCAUGUACACAACCAGCUCUAUUCUGGGACCACUCCAGAUAUCCAUGGGGCAGAUGCUGCAAGAUUUUGGAAAAUUCCUGGGCAUGUUUCUCCUUGUCUUGUUCUCAUUCACAAUUGGAUUGACACAGCUUUAUGAUAAAGGAUUUACUGUCAAUGAAGAAAAAGACUGUGCAGGCAUUUUCUGUGAGCAGCAGAGCAAUGACACGUUCCAUUCGUUCAUUGGCACAUGUUUUGCUCUGUUCUGGUACAUAUUCUCCCUGGCACACGUAGCAAUCUUUGUCACACGUUUUAGCUAUGGAGAGGAAUUGCAGUCUUUUGUGGGUGCUGUUAUUGUUGGUACCUACAAUGUGGUGGUUGUGAUAGUAUUAACCAAACUCCUUGUGGCAAUGCUUCAUAAAAGUUUUCAGCUGAUAGCAAAUCAUGAAGAUAAAGAAUGGAAGUUUGCUCGUGCCAAGCUGUGGCUUAGCUACUUUGAUGACAAAUGCACACUACCUCCACCUUUCAAUGUUAUUCCUUCUCCCAAGACUAUCUGUUAUCUUUUCAACAGUCUCAGUAAAUGGAUUUGCUCUCAUACAUCAAGUGGCAAAGUGAAACGUCAGAACAGCCUAAAGGAAUGGAGAAACCUGAAGCAAAAGAGAGAUGAGAACUACCAAAAGGUGAUGUGCUGCUUAGUGCACCGCUACUUGACUUCCAUGAGACAGAAGAUGCAAAGCACGGAUCAGGCCACGGUGGAAAACCUGAAUGAGCUGCGGCAAGACUUGUCCAAGUUCCGCAACGAGAUGAGAGACCUGCUUGGCUUCCGCACUUCCAAGUAUGCCAUGUUUUAUCCAAGAAACUAGGGCCUGGCUCUUUGAACAACAGCUCUGUGCUUGUAGAUGCCAGCAGGGGACAGUGCUGGCCUAAUUCUUUUGGCAGACAAAAGGGGAAAAGAUUGUUGCUCAAGAGUUCGUUUUGAAAAUGUGUUUCCUAGAGUCACAGCGUGGCUGAAAGGGACCUUGGGAGAUCAUUGUGUCUGGGCCACCUGCCAAAGCACACUCACCCAGGGCAGGUCACACAGGAAGGCAUCCAGGUGGGUUUUGAAUGUCUGCAGAGAAGAAAACUCCACAACCACUCUGGGAAGCCUACUCCAGGACUUCAUCACCCUCACAGUAAAGAAAUUUUUCCUCAUGUUGAGGUGGAACUUCUGUGUUGCAGCUUAUACCUGUUGUUCCAUGUCUAUUCCUGAUGCCCACUCCUCAGAUAUUUAUAGAUUAUAGAUAUAAAGAUCUCCUCUCAGCCUUCUUUUCUCUCAAGACUGAACAGCCCCAGUUCUCCUAGUCUGUCUUCAUAGGAGAGAUGUUCAAGUCCUUCAGUCAUGCUCAUAAGUCUCCAUUGGACUUUCUCCAGUAGAUCCCUGUCUCUUGGAGAGCCCAAGACUGGAUUCAGUAUUCCAGGUGUGGUCUCACCAGGGCAGAGUAGAGGGGGAGAAGAACCUCCCUAGACCUGCUGGCCACACUUUUCUUGAUGCACCUCAGGAUAUCAUUGGCUGCCUUGGCCACAAGGGCACAUCGUUGUCCUGUGGAUAACUUGUCACUAGGACUCCAAGGUCUUUCUUCAUGGAGCUGCUUUCCAGCAGGCCAACCCCUAAUCUGUACUGGUGCCUGGUGUUACUUCUCCCCAGACACAGGAUUCUACACUUGUCCUUCUUGAACUUUGAGAGGUUCCCCUUAGAAUCAACCAGGUUGGAAGAGACCUCCAAGAUCAUCCAGUCCAACCUAGCACCCAGCCCUAUCCAGUCAACUAUAGACCAUGGCACUAAGUGCCUCAGCCAGUCUUUUCUUGAAUACCUCCAGGGAUGGCAACUCCACCACCUCCCUGGGCAGCCCAUUCCAAUGCAAAUCACUCUCUCUGGCAAGAACAUCCUCCUAACAUCCAGCCUAUACUUCCCCCGGCACAACUUGAGACUUUGUCCCCUUGUUCUGUUGCUGGUUGCCUGGCAGAAGAGCUCUGCAGCCUGUUUGCAUGAGUUGCAGCUCUGUGCAGAAGUGGUGGCAGUAACUGCAAAAAACAGAUAGAGUAGUUUCUUAAUCUCAGUGUGUAAAGAAAAUUUGUAUAUAGGAACUUUGGAAGUGUUCCUCAGACUGUGGCUGUCACGUUAAAAGCUUCAGAACUAGCACAAUGUGUUUGCUGCUUCUAUUUUUGCAGUUUGUUCCUUUUUGAUACUUGUUUUACAAGUUGUGGGAGAAGAUAGGCUUUUUAAACCAGAAAUCCAGCCUGUGUUUAUUUUUAAUAGAAAUGUCAGAGACAGAAUAAUAGGAAACUUCCAGCAGAGCUGGAAAUUGUGUGUGACUGUAGGCUGGCUGCAGUGCAUGGCUCUCGAAGAAGCAAUUCUAGUACCCAGUUUUGUAUGUUGACAUAUUGACUGUGUGAUCACAUGUCUAGAGUACAGAAAAUCCAAUCAUCAAGGCUCUUCCUUCUUGUGGGAGCAAUGGCAUUUUGAACUCACAGUAUCACAGUAUUAUUAGGAUUGGAAGAGACCUCACAGAUCAUCAAGUCCAACCCUUUACCACAGAGCUCAAGGCCAGACCAUGGCACCAAGUGCCACGUCCAAUCCUGCCUUGAACAGCUCCAGGGACGGCGACUCCACCACCUCCCCGGGCAGCCCAUUCCAGUGUCCAAUGACUCUCUCAGUGAAGAACUUUCUCCUCACCUCCAGCCUAAAUCUCCCCUGGCAUAGCUUGAGGCUGUGUCCUCUUGUUCUGGUGCUGGCCACCUGAGAGAAGAGAGCAACCUCCUCCUGGCCACAACCACCCUUCAGGUAGUUGUAGACAGCAAUAAGGUCACCCCUGAGCCUCCUCUUCUCCAGGCUAACCAAUCCCAGCUCCCUCAGCCUCUCCUCGUAGGGCUGUGCUCAAGGCCUCUCCCCAGCCUCGUCGCCCUUCUCUGGACACGCUCAAGCAUCUCAAUGUCCCUCCUAAACUGGGGGGCCCAGAACUGAACACAGCACUCAAGGUGUGGUCUAGCCAGUGCAGAGUACAGGGGCAGAAUGACCUCCCUGCUCCUGCUGACCACACCAUUCCUGAUGCAGGCCAGGAUGCCACUGGCUCUCUUGGCCACCUGGGCACACACUCCAACCAGACCAACCAUUCCUCAGAAGCUUAUGCUGAUAUAUAAGACAGUCAGUUUCUGCUCAACUUCAGUGGUGCCUCAGAAGUACAUCUUACUACACACAUUAGGAUUGGGAGAGAAUAGUAGAGCCAGCCUGUGAACUUGUAAUGUUUCAUGCCUUGGGGGUUUAAAAUCUGACUGAGAAACUACUUGAAUCAUUAAAACCACUGAGGUGGAGCAUGUAAGUGCAGUUGUUUGCAAUGCUGACCAAUUCCUCUUCAUUUCUGUCAUACAUUGAACCUGGUCACUGGGCAAUUAGUUUAGGAGGGCCUGCUUUAGACAGGUUUUUACAUAGCUUACAUCUAACCAUCUCUCUCUUCUCUUUAUUUUUUUAAACCAGUCAUUGCCAAAAUUAAACUUGGGUUUGUUUUUUUUGGGCCAGAAAUACUGUGUUUUGUGAAAACGUGGUUUGACUUUGCUUGAAACAGACACUAAAGACUUUGGAUUUUCUGUGCUAGAGGGUCCUACUUGGCUUUAUAUGCUUAAAUAUAAUUCAAGUUAAGGAAUUGUAAUUAAGAAAUCUGAGAUUCCUGUAUUUUAAUUACCAUAUGAGUAUAUUUAUACCAGUAAAGAAGUGAUUGACAGUUGUACUGUUACGGUGGUGCUCUUUUGAAAUGGUCUUCUCUCCAGAAGAAGCAGGUAGCCACAGUGGUCUUUUGACAUCAGUUGAUUUUUGGGAGGCUGACAGAGUGGAGGCUCACAUGAAUGUGUGCUUUUUUUUGGGAAGGAUUUCUUAUAGAGCUUUCUUGUAAAGAGAAUAUAUUUUCUGUACUAUAAAGCUAUGUGUAUUUAUUCCUCUGCUUCCAGGAGUCUUACAGUGUAGAGGGAUUCUGAUGAGUGUGGCUUUUCAUGUGAGUAACAAGUUAACUUCUUGUGUUCAGAGGACCACUGAAUUUUAUAUUUGGACUCAGAUUUCAUGUUUGAGUAACACACCAAUGUAAGAACUAUUUGCUGUGUAUCUUCUGUUUAUCCAAGAAAGGAAGCAGACAAAUAAAAGCUCUUUAAAACAUA